AUGCCCACCUAUGAUGUCCUACAUGUACUCUCUUCUAUUCCUUUAACACAUGAUACCAUUCUUUGUGGUGACUUCAAUGCAAGACUUGGCUCUGUUACUGGUGACUAUGCAUCAAAUUCUCAUGGACUGGCACUAUGUUCUUGGAUAGAAGAGAGAUCUCUAUCAGUUGUAAAUGCAGAUCUUGCACCUUGCAUACCAACAUAUAUUUCUUUCUGCAACAACUAUGAAAUCAGCAGUAUUAUUGACCUCUUUAUAACUAAUAUGCCACUCAUCAAUCCUUCUCUUCAUAUUGCUACUGACUUGUCUCUUGGAUCAGAUCAUCACCUUUUAUCACUUUCCUUUACCUAUGAUCUACAGCACUCUACCAAUAUGCUACCACCAUUACGCAAGACAUGGAACCUCUUACGCCUCAAUGAACCUGAUGUCCAUGCUCUUUAUGCUCAUACCUUCAAUCAAAACUCAACCUCCCUCCUUUCCACCUUGCAAGACAUUGUACAGAAUCCACCACUCACUAGACCUAACAUUGAUGCUAUCACUGAUGAGUUCAAUUCACUCAUUUAUGACUCAUUAAAUAGCUCAAUUGGACAUCGACCCUCUCGCCCAAAUCAUUGGAAAUCCUUCUGGAAUGUAGCUUUGCAAACAGCAGCAGAUCGUCGUAACCAAUGUUACAAAAAAUGGCGCCUAGCAAUAGGUAUUGACAAAGUUGUUUGGUGGACUAAACACAAGCAUGCACAGGCCGAAUUCCAAUCUCAGGUUCAGCAAGCAAAACGUCAGUCUUGGCAUGUCUUUUGUCAGUCUAUGGAACGUGACUUCAGCAAAGCAACAUCAAAGAUAAAGCAGUUAAAACGCUGUAGACAGCCACAACAUACUUUCCAGCACGAUGAUGGACCAGCCGUAGCAGCAGCAACAAUGUGUGACUAUUUGGCAACAGUAUAUAGUGGACAUAUACUUCCAGCAACCCGACCACCAGCACCAAUGACCACUUGUAACAGUGUGCCUUUUGCCUCUGAUGACUCUCCCUUUACCUCACCAAUUGUAGAGGAAUUCAUGCAAUUUAUGCCUAACCGCAAGGCACCAGGACCAGACCAUAUCAGAGCUGAAAUGCUAAAACCUUUUGCUGGCAAUGGUCAUAUGUUCCAAUCCAUUGCCACUCAUAGACGUUCUGGUACACUUGCUACAAUGGCAACCCUAAACUCUGUUGGUGCUUGUCGUUCUGGUUUUUCUCUGCUGCUCAGUUCACGAUUGUAUAAGACCUUUGUCCACCCAAAAUUUGAAUAUGGUUUGGCGAUCUCCACUCUACUGAAACAAGAUAUCAAAGUGCUGGAGUCCAUUCAAGAUAAGUGUCUUCGCAUGAUCGUUGGGGGGCAUGUCACGUCCUCUACAAUUGUGUUAAAGCACAUCUGCAAUCUGCCAAGUAUGAAGUUUCGUGCCGAUGCUCUUAUGGCCAAGUUCUGUAUAAGAUCACGCUUUUUGCCAGCCCAGUGCCUUCUGUCUCUUUUGCACCAUCAUCAUACCGUCUAUUCUUCACUUGUCUCCUUGGGAAAAACCCAUCUUCUGUCCAAUCUCCCUCCAACACUCAAACUUCGAAGCCCUAGUGCU